AUGGCAGACUUCACUCAUGAAAGCAUGGAAGACCAGGAGGAAGAGGAACUACAGGAGGAAGUGUUAGAUUUUGCACCAGCUGCACUAGAUGACUCUCUGCCAGAGGUGGAAGAUCCUUUGCAGGAAAUAAACUUAGGAACAUGGGAGGAUCCAAGACCUACCUUUAUCAGCGAUAACAAGGAAGGGAAGGAACAGGCAGUCUACUACCUGAGCAGAACUCUAACAGAGGUGGAAAGAAAAUAUUCUGCAAUUGAAAGACUUUGCCUAGCCUUGUACUUCACUGCUGUGAAACUCAGACAUUACAUGCUGCCGUACACCAUCUAUAUCAUUGCCAAAACAGAUCUGAUCAAAUACAUGCUAACAAGACCAAUGCUGAGAGGCAGAAUUGGAAAAUGGACCCUGGCCUUGACAGAAUUUGCCUUCAGAUAUAUUCCUCAGAAAGCCGUCAAAGGACAAGCUGUGGCAGACUUCCUAGCAGACCAUCCCGGGGAGGAGAUUGAAAAUAUGGAUUCUUUAGACAUAGCAAAUGCAGAUCUAUUAACCAGAGCUCACACCUGCCUCAACAAUCCUAUCUAUUCAGUUCACCUUGCACCUUGGAAAUUAUACUUUGAUGGAUCAAAAACUGAUAUAGCUUCCGGAGCAGGGAUUGUUUUGGAAGAACCACUUGGAAUCAGACACUGCUACUCUUUCCAAUUGGAUUUCCAGUGCACCAACAACAGGGCAGAAUAUGAGGCUCUAAUCAUUGGCUUGGAAAUACUGGUAGAACUAGGAAUCCAAUCUGUGGAAAUUCUGGGAGAUUCCAUGCUGGUUUUAAAACAAAUUGCUGGGGAAUACAAGUGCCUAAGCCCUUCACUAGCCGUCUACUUGGUGGCAGCUAGGAAUCUUCUGACAGAAUUCAGAGAGGCCACUUGGGAACAUAUCCCAAGGGAAGAAAAUUUUGCAGCUAAUGAGUUGGCUCAGGUGGCAACAGGCAUACAAAUGCCCGAGGAUUGUGUACAAAGAAUCAUCAGGAUAGGAAAGAAAAGCCUGCCAUCUGUUCUAACCAGGGGAAUGGAAAUAGAUGUCAAUUCUGCCACAAUCACUGAAGAUGAUUGGAGAAAUCCUAUCAUGACCUAUUUACGAUAUCCAACUCUGCCCUCUGAAAAGAGAAUCAGAAUCAUGGCUUUAAACUACCUUAUGUGGAAUGAAGAUUUGGUCCGAAAGACUAAGGAUGAGGUGCUUUUAAGGUGA